AUGACAACUCCCGCCGACGUUAGCACCGCCAUGGACGCGCAUGCCGUGCAUUCAUCGAGUGAUUCCGAGGCCAGGCUGAAAUCUCUCUUGGACCAGCAAGCUCUGAUACAAGCCGAGAUCAGGUCGUUGAUGCCAGUUGAAACGGAACCUAAUUUUCAAGCGGAACUGGUCAUGUUGAAUCACAAGCAUAAGAUGCUCAAGGCCACGCAGGAAGAGCUCGGCUUCGCACCUGUCGUUUUAUCUGAAGCCGAGGAGUGUAGAAUGCGCCAGUAUAUGUGCGAAUGCAUAGAAACGGCUUGUUUACAUUCAGAUGCAUUUUCGUCGAUACCAGAUUUGCUCCAGAGGGCAUCUUUGCCGUUGAGGUCUAUACAACCAAAUGGCUUCGAUGACUGGCUUCAGCUGAACGCUAGUAAAUAUGACCUAGUUCUCAAAACCCACACCAACUUCCCAAAAGCCACUUCAUCCCUGAAAUGCCUGUAUCCAACAUGUAUCCAUUUCAUUUAUGGCUUUGCGACAUUCGAGCACUUGGAGUUGCACAAUUAUCGAAGCCACCCAAAAGACACCCACCCUAUGAAGGAAACCACUUUUUUCCACCGGCUGUCUUCUCCUGUUUUGCACAAUCCUCUCAGGACACGGGAAGAGUCAUCGUCAAACUCGAGAAUUUCGGAUAGAACUUUCUCAUUCGUGCCGGAGUAUCCUCAAAAUCACCCGCAAGACAGCACGGCUAUGCAUUCACCGAAGCGAAUUCGGCUCGCUCAAGAUGAGGAUUCAAAGCUUCCUUCGAAGGAAUUAAGCUCAAGGCAAGUUUUUCGGAACUCCAACGAGACAGAUAGUUGGCCUGCCAUCAGGUCACUCAAUGAACUGCCAAUCUACCGAAAUAUUGAAAAAGGCAAUCAUGAACGUGGUUCAACUCGUGAAGAGUUAACCACUCCAAAGUACACCGAAGUCCGGCAGGACCGGAUAUUUUGCCCACAGUGUAAUAACCAUCCAGAUGGAUUCCGAGGUGAGCACGAACUACGAAGACACCAAGACAGAGAGCAUCGCGCCACCAUCAAGAAAUGGAUCAUCAUCGACCCCAAUAGAUCCUCGGAAGAUGAGCCUCAACCCAUUCUACCUCUGUCGCGAUGCAAAUCAUGUAGCGAGCAGAAGAAAGGGUACGGCGCAUACUACAACGCUGCAGCUCAUCUUCGACGAACUCAUUUCAGACCGAAAGACCGCAAGGGUACUUAUCUAGAGAAGGAGGAAAUUGGGCGUGGAAAGGGUCCGGUCGAUUGGCCGCCAAUGUCGGUUCUGAAGCACUGGAUGAAAGAAGUUGAGGUUCCUCAACAGGGAAGCCCAGGAAACUCCGAUGAUGAUGAUGAUGAUGGUGUGGAGAGCGAAUUCAAUAUGUCGACACCAGGGCCAUUGCCCCCGAAACCUUCAGUCCCACCAAUACCAAGCACAUUUUCAUCCGUCAACGCUACUUCCAUUUUUAGGAAUUCCGCUCCAUUUCACCCUUUGCAGCCCUCUCCUUCGUCAUAUGUUCGCAAUGGUAUUGAGGCCCCCUAUCCACCAAAUGAACCUGGUCGGCGGGAUCGAUGUCCUUAUCCAGAAUGUAGUAAGGUGUUUAAGGAUCUCAAGGCGCAUUUGCUUACGCACCAAAAUGAAAGGCCAGAGAAGUGUCCCAUUACGACUUGCGAUUAUCACACUAAAGGAUUCGCUCGAAAGUAUGACAAGAAUCGACAUGCACUUACGCACUAUCGGGGAACUAUGACCUGCCCUUUCUGCGCAGGCUCAGGAACUCCAAUUGAGAAGACGUUUACCCGAGCAGAUGUAUUCAAGCGCCAUCUUACUGGUGUUCAUGGUGUUGAACAAACACCUCCAAAUUCGAGAAACAGACCUGAAUCAACCCGGAAAUCGGUUCCAUCGGGCCAAAAUGGGAAAUGCUCUAUUUGCAAGGUAUCCUUUGAUUCGGCGCAGAUGUACUAUGAUCAUCUCGACGAAUGCGUUCUCGGCGUUAUUGUACCAGAAACUAUACAAUCUAAGAGCGAGAGCUUAUCGACAGCGGAAUCGAGUACAGCGUAA